AUGGCGAGUAGAAAGCUGAUUCGAGAUUUACUGAUCACAAAGCAGCCUCUUUUCCUGCAAUUGACGCACCAACGGAGAGCCGGCGCUAGGCUAGGAUUUCUGCCGGCGAAUGGGUAUGCGAUUAAUCGCCGGUUCAGCGUUUUCAGCGACUUGUCGAAGAAAAUUAGAGGGGAAGCUGAAAGCAAUCCUGAAUUUCAACGAACCGUGAAGGAGCUCAAGGAAAAGGCAGAUGAGUUUAAAGGUGUAAAAGAGGACCUGAAAAUUAGAACAAAAGAAAAGACUGAGCAGCUAUACAGGCAAGUUGAUGGGGUCUGGACUGAGGCUGAAUCUGUGGCCAAAAAGGUCUCUUCAAGUGUGAAAGACAAGUUCUCAGCAGCCACAGAAGAGGUCAAGGAGUCAUUCAAGCUCGGUAAGGAGGAAAAUGCAGAGUCAGCGAGCUCAUCAGGUACAGGAACCUCUCAAGGAGAAAACCAGCAGCAGCAAUCAGGCUCUACUGAGGAACAACAAACAUUAUUUAGCAAACUCAAGUCAAGCAUUCCUUCGCCCCUUGACUUAGCGAAGAAAGGACUUGACAUUGUCAAGGAUGAAUUGCGAGGAACCUCGUCUAAAAAGAAGCACCUGGAGUACACGCCUCCCCCGCCGUUCACAGGUGUGAAAAGUACUAGAACCGAUAUGGUGCUUACGCCAACAAAACAGUCCAAGUGGCAAAAAAAAUGGGAAUCUCUUAGAGAAAAGAUACAAGCGUAUCCUGCAUUUAAACGUCUAAGCGGGAUGAGUGAGCCUGUUGUCAACAAGAGUCAAGAGAUUGCAGAAGAUGUGAUGGAAAAAUGGGAGACCAGUGACAACCCGAUUGUUCACAAAAUUCAAGACAUGAAUGAGACACUCUUUGAAGAAACAGCAUCUGCAUCCACUUACAAAGAGAUACGCCGCCGAGAUCCAUCGUUCUCAUUGCCAGACUUUGCUGCAGAGGUUCAGGAAGCCAUUAAACCAGUCUUGGAUGCAUAUAGUAAGGGAGAUGCUGAGACCUUGAGGAAGUAUUGCAGCGAGAGCGUGAUCGAACGGUGCACGGCAGAGUGCAAAGCUUUCCAAAGCCAUGGUUAUUUUUUCGAUCACAAGCUUCUGCAUACAUCGGAAGUCCUAGUUGAAGAUACAAAGAUGGUGGGAAGUACCCCAACAAUCAUCGUCAGGUUCCAAACGCAACAAAUCUACUGUGUUCGCGACAAGGAUGGCAAAAUCAAAGAAGGAAGCCAGGACACGAUAAUGACGGUGCACUACUUUUGGGCAAUGCAACAAGUGGAUGCAGCAGAGUUAGGGGAAGAAGCUACUCAUCCCAUUUGGAGGCUCACAGAUAUGAUGAAAAGUGGUGUUAAAGCUCUCAUUUGA